AUGUCCGCCAACGCCCCCGAUCUGCCGUUUCACUCCAAUGACGUCGAGAAAGGCACUCGAGAUGAAAAAAACGUCGGGAGUGGCGAGAAGGACGAGGUUGUCGACUGGGAGGACGUAGCAGGAAGCCCGAGCCACUACCAUGGUCUUGGACGUCUAGGGAAGAAGUUGUUGACACUUGGAGUCGAGGAAAGAGGGAUUUGGCCAGUACCAUUGGACGAGAGGGUCGAUCGACCGUACUCGAAAAUAUUCUUCGUCUGGUUCUCGAUGAACUUCAAUAUUCUUUCCUUUUCUGCAGGAACGUUGGGACCGGUCAUCUUCGGACUGGGACUGCGGGAUACGUGUCUGACCAUCCUAUUCUUCAACCUGCUAUGUUGUGCUUUCCCUUCCUACCUCCUGACCUGGGGACCACAAUUAGGCAUGCGUCAGAUGAUAAUCUCUCGUUAUUCCUUCGGAUAUUACGGCGUCAUCAUCCCUUGUGUCAUGAACCUCAUCGGCAUGAUAGGAUUUUCUAUUCUUAACUGCAUCUUGGGUGGCCAGGCCUUGGCGAGUGUGACGAACGACAAUCUAAGUUGGACAGUAGGGAUCGUCGUAAUCGCAGUGAUUUCACUUCUCGUUUCCUUUUGCGGUUAUACAGUCUUAAACUGGUAUGAGCGCGUUGCUUGGAUCCCUGUUCUCGUGACAUUCCUAGUCGCGCUAGGAGUUGGCGGGAAACAUCUAUCCAGCCCUCCCCCCGCGGAACCGGCGAGCGCUGUGGCGGUCUUGGGCUUCGCAUCGACGCUAGCUGGGUUCGCGAUCACAUAUUCAGGAAUGGCGGCGGACUUCUCGAGCUACUUCAAACCAAGCGUGUCGAACUGGAAGCUUUUCUUUUCUGCGUACCUCGGGUACCUCAUCCCCAUUGUCAGCAUUCAAUGCUUUGGCGCGGCGGUUGUCGCUGUCGUCGGCUCCAUCCCUGAUUGGGAGCAAGGAUAUGAAGGAGGCAACGUCGGUGGACUCCUCGAGGCCAUGCUGCAUCCUGUGGGAGGAUUUGGAAAAUUCCUCACGGUGCUUCUUAGCCUUUCAGUUGCACCGAACAUCGCCGCGACGUUCUAUUCAAUAUCGAUUAACAUCCAGGUUGUCGUACCCUAUUUUGUGAGGGUCCCAAGAUACGUAUUCUCUGUGGUGGCUACUGCCAUCGUCGUCCCCAUCUCGAUAGUUGGCGCACACCAGUUCUACGACGCGCUUGUAAAUUUCCUCGGAUUGAUUGGAUACUGGGCGUCGGCAUUUGUUGCUAUAGUCCUCGUCGAACACCUGUGCUUCCGUAAAUCCUUCCCCUCGCCGUCGGCCUAUCCACUGAAGGCAUGGAAUCGCCCAGACCUCCUGCCCACCGGUGUAGCAGCGGUUGGCGCUGGGAUACUUUCAUUCGGAUUGGUUAUACCGUCUAUGCACCAAGUAUGGUACGUUGGUCCUAUUGCGGAAAAGACGGGAGAUAUAGGAUUCGAGGUCGCAUUUGCGGCCAGCGGGAUUUUGUAUUGGUUUUUCAGGUGUUUGGAGAUCAGGUUGAGAGGUAGGGUUUAG